UUUUCUUCAGUCCGCAUGCCAUUUGGAAUUGGCAGUUGAUGGCGGGUAGGUCACUGAAGAAGAAGAAGAAAUCCGAUCUCAAACCCUACCCUCCCAUGGCUUCGAAGUCUUCUCCUCUCAACUGCACUAAAAUCUCUAUUUUUAUUUCUCUUUUCUUGGCCUCAAUUGUAAUCAUCUUUUUGAGCUUACCAUCAAAGGCUCUUAACAGCUUCGAUUCAACUCAAAUCUACUCUGUUGAAGUCGUCCAAGAGUUUCAUCACGACCCAUAUGCGUUUACUCAGGGGCUUGUUUAUGGAGGGAAUGAAACCUUGUUCGAAUCAACUGGUCUAUAUCAAAGGUCAUCGGUUCGGAAAGUGGCUCUUCAUACUGGGAAGGUUGAGGCUCUUCAGAAAAUGGAUGAUUCUUAUUUUGGAGAGGGUUUAACUCUUCUUGGUGAAAGGUUGUUCCAAGUAACUUGGUUGAAGAAAACUGGUUUCAUUUACGACCGAAAUGAUUUAAGCAAAUUUGAGACAUUUACUAAUCAUAUGCGGGAUGGUUGGGGACUGGCAACUAAUGGGGAAGUUUUGUUUGGAAGUGAUGGAACUUCGACACUGUAUCAGAUUGAUCCUCAAUCAAUGAAAGUCAUAGGAGAACAUGUUGUCAAAUACAAAGGUCAUGAAGUACACAACCUCAAUGAACUAGAGUUUGUAGAUGGCGAAAUUUGGGCAAAUGUUUGGCAGACUGACUGCAUUGCCAGAAUAUCACAUGAAGAUGGCACUGUGCGUGGAUGGAUUCUCCUAAACAAUUUAAGGGAAGGAUUGUUAGCAGCUGGAAGAAGAGACAUUGAUGUUUUGAAUGGCAUAGCAUGGGAUAGUGAGAAAAACCGCCUUUUUGUGACAGGAAAAUUGUGGCCCAAGCUCUAUGAAAUCAAGGUGAAUCCAAUGAAGAGACGGUUUCAAGAUGGGGUCAUUGAGCAGCUUUGCCUUCGGAUGCCAUUCUUUACAUGAAAUCCAUACAUGUGGAGAAGAUCUGGACAUGACAAACAACCAGCUGAUUUUUUUCCUCGUGCAGGGUCCAGAGCCCAGGAAGCAUGGCACUUAGCCCAUUUCUCAGGGGUCUUAACUGCAUCGUGUCCUAUUUGGCUGCCGAUUAGACCCUGUUUGGAUAUCUGUAGUUCUGUACAAUGAGAAGGAAAUUGUUGUUGAAAUUAAUCACAGCCAUGAUAUAUUAGACCGGACCCUCUCUUUUUUUUAGCUAAAAUCUUAACUAAUGUACUCACUAUCCUUUAAAUAGGCUAUUAUAUAGGGUAGUUUUAACAUUAUUCACA